ACUGAGGCACACAGUACUCACAAUGAGGCCCACUUUCGCGACGUUAUUUCCACAAGUCUACCCCGCUAGAACUGAUCCAAGACUUAGGGCAUGAAUGCAUUCAAAGACGCUGUGCGUUCCGUAAGGGAUUCGGUGUUGGUGACUAGGCUGAAUAGGGCUCGCCCUCCCACUACGCAUAUUUGGACAUCACACAUGCAGAUGGAGCUCCAUCAACGUCGUCUUGACCAUAGUGUGAAUGGGUGGAGAAUCUCGGACAUUGCUUGGCAAGUUGGUGAUCGCCACUUUAGGAGUAGGGUUGGUUGGUCGAAAACCGACCGGCCAUACGACCUCCGCAAGAGACUAAUGACAGGCAGGUUAGCGUGCCAAUGUUCGAGAAUGCAGUAUAUCGGAGCGACACACCCGAAGGUCACAUGGGCAAGCCCCCAAUGCUGCGGCGGACUUAUGUCGUAUUUGGGAAAUGAAAAACUCUUAUCUCAGGCCCAGAUUUAUUGUGGCGCCCAAGCCUUUCACACCAAGAGAAACCCACUCGACCAGUCAAUCGCCCACGAGCUUAGCUUCGGCGGAAGUAAAAAACGAAAAAGAGGCUACGGCAAGUAUGCAAGGUUGCAUACAUUGAACAGGACCAUGUGGGAUUUUUUAGACAAGCGGCAAGCAAGUCGAGUGGAGUGGGUUCCAGAUGUCUCAGUCUAUGUGUUUUAGCACGGAUCGGAGUGAGCGACACCCAGAAGAGUGCUUCUCCGCGGUUGGAACAAGAAGAAAAACACAAUUGAAAAGAAUAAAAAAAUAAAUAAAAUAGGAAGAAUCACCGAACAAUUGUGACCGUAUGUAGGCAGACACGAUUCCGGAA